AUGUCCACCUCCAAGAUCUUUUGGUCCGGCGGCCUCGACCGGUCUCUGGGCCUGGCCCUGCCCAGCGGCGGCCUGCUGGACCUGCAGAGCUUGGUCUACGCCUGGAUCUUCAACAGCACGGGGGCCUACGAGCUUCCGGAGCCCCAGGCCUUGAGCUCCUGCGGCUGUGUGGACCCUCAGGGCCAGGCCACCGAGGACCUGCUGCAGUGCAACUCCUCCGCGCUCUUCGGCGUGGCGCUGCGCUCGCUGACCCCCGCCUGGGUAGGCGAGAGCCCGGGGCCCGGGCCGAAACGAGAGCGGGCGGUCUGCGCGGGCGGUGGAUGCCUGGGGCGGCUGAGCUCGCUGCUGCCGGUCUCCGUGCGGGAGGUCCCCUUUCCGACCCCCGCCUACACCCAGGACCCUUUCGCGAAAUUUGUGGAGAGCGUCUUCGGUCUCUUCUUCGUACUGGUCUUCAUUUGGCCGCUCACGCGGAUCAUGAAGAGCCUGGUCGAGGACAAGGAGGCACGAAGAUUGCAGAACGAAGACUUCCAUGUGGUUAAGAAUAUGUUUUUAUCUUCCCCUCUUGGUUUCAAAGGGAACCGAUUUCACUGCAGGAAACAUAUUUUCCUUUAUUUUUUCCAGGGGACUCCGCAGAACGCUGUGGGUCAAAACCAAUGGUACCAUUUUGGGAUAGGUGCACCACCCAUUUUAGAACCUAUUUUAGUGGUUGGAUCGUGA